AUGCACAGCUCAACACCGAGAACAGAGAGCCUUUCCUGCAGCGAAAUGGUGAGCGCUUUGGGUGAACCACCAAACCUUGAGUCAGUCACGCUACAGAUGGAGUGUAUGACACCACCAACAGAGCCCAGCACACCAGAAAACAAAGCCAAAAGUAGGAAGUUUCCCACCAACUAUCGUGAUAAUUCGUUCAGUUUAUGUGCAGCAUUACCGGAAUUGGGUGGAUAUGAUGAUAGCAGCAAAGCUGAUGAUGGUGCCAACAGUCCAUGGCUUCUUGGGGCCCGAGUUUGGUUUGGAACACUGGCCAGUGGUGCCAGAAAUAUUGACCUCCAAGACAAGAUGUUUGAGGAGAAAAGAUGGCAGACGAAUCCUCUUCGCGCAUAUCGUGAAGGAAUUGAAGGAGUUAUUGCUCCUUCGGAGCAUGCAACUGCACUUCCAGGGGUGUAA